CUUCACACAUCUCUCACGUCCAUCUUACCUUCAGUUUCCCUGUUGUUGCUGCUGCUACCACCGGAGCCAUCUGCUGUUGCUGCCGGACCAUCUACUGCUGCCACCACCGGACCCAUCUGCUGCUGCUGCUGUUUAGCCAAAGCCAUCUGCUUUGCUGCUGCUGCCGGUUGCCACCACCGGACCCAUCUGCUGCUGCUGUUGCUGCUGCCGCCGCUGAACAGCCAAAGCCAUCUGCUUUGCUGCUGUUGCUGGAGCCAUUUGCUACUGCUGCUACUAGACCCAUCUGCUGCUGCUGCUAUCGCCACCAAGGCCUGCUACUGUUGCUGCUGUUGCUGCUACCGCCACCAGGGCCUGCUACUGCUGCUGCUACAGCCACCAGGGCCUGCUACUGCUUCUACUGUUGCUGCUACCGCCACCGGAGCCUGCUGCUACCGCCACCGGAGCCUGCUGCUGCUGCUGCUGCUACCGCCACCGGAGCCUACUGCUGCCGCCACCGAACAGCCUAAGCCAUCUGCUUUGCUACUGUUUCUGGAGCUAUUUGAUGUUAAUUGGUGGGGAAUGGGGAUCCCCGCGGGGAUCCCCAUUCCCCGUGGGAAACGAGAACGGGGGGCAAAAUCUGCCCCC